AUCAUCACUGUCAAAACUCUGCUCUCCUUUCAUGUUGAUAUCUAGCCACUAAUAUGCCGGCUGUGUAUGAUUUCUGUUAGAUAAACGAAUGUUAAAUGUUGUAUGUGUGUGAUUGUGUCUUAAAAUAAAUAUCAUGAACCUGGAAGAGCUGCCUCCCGAAAUUGUAUGGAUCAUCCUGGACAAGAUCACAGAGUUAUCAGAUCGCAAAAAUGCCUCCCUAGUGUGCAAAUCCUGGAACAGCAUGCUGCUAAACUCAUCCAAAUCUCUGCGCAAUGUUAAUUUCAGAAUCUGUUCGAAAAUUAAUAAUUUUGGACUGAUUGGACCGGAUGAGGUGUUCGAUCAGAUGUGUGAUGUGAUGUUCAAGAGCAAGCGAAACUAUGUGCAUUUGGAGUUUUUUCACAUAAAUUUUGAACAGUCGCUGGCACGGGAGUUUUUGUUUCUCACGAUUAUGAUAUGCUGUGAUUCUAUUGAAUCCUUACGUUUAACUAAUUGCCACGGAUUGUGCCGAAAUGAGUUGUGGCAAAUUUUGCAACUUUUGCCUGGCCUUCAAAGUCUUGUAAUCUCCGGGGGAAUUCAUUUCGAUGAGCUCAAUAAAGACACUCAAAUUCACAAGUUGCGAAAUUUGAAAUGUUUAACGCUCGAUGUGGGAGAUGAUUGCCGACUGUAUGUUGAUUUUAUCUCCAAUACCCCCAACUUGAAGCGGUUCAAAGUACGCACCAUUUACGGAUGCGCAGAUCUUCGAGAUAUCACCACCAUUCGCAAUCUAAGCCACCAAUUAGACACGAUUAGUUUUAUCACAAAUCGAUGCUACAAUAUGUCGGAAUUUUCUGAGAUGCAUUUUUCCAAUCUUACCAAUCUGGAACUCAAGGUAUCGGGAGCAGUUUGGCCUCAGCUGUUUAGGCAAAUGCAAAUGCUGCGAGAAUUGAAAUUGGAAGCAAAUAUUGACGAUGAAGUAAUUGCAGCCAUUUGCAGUGCAUCGGUUCGGCUUCGGAAACUGUCGCUGACUUGCUCUGGUCUUGUUGAAUGUAAAAAGUUCAAUAUGCUCAAUCGUUUGGAAGCGUUGGAAUCUUUGCACAUGCGAGGCAUUCAUAAGUUCAGCUGGCGACAUGUAUCCUUCACAAAACUGAGACAUCUACACAUCGACAAUGUUGGAACGGAUUUCACCAACUUUCUCAAGGAAAUCAACAGCCUGAGAUCUUUCGAACUCCACGAUGCUAAAUUAAAGAAUGAGCAACUAAUUAAAAUCACACUAAAUGCUCCAACUGUCGAAAGGCUGGAGCUUGCUUUUUGCACAAAAGUUAGUGACAGAGGAUUCAAGCACAUAGCGGACAUGAUCAAUCUGACGGAACUCCGGCUUUGGGGUAUACAGGUGUCUAAGAACAUCAACGAUCGCCUCGCUUGUCAGCGACUGAAGAAGAUAAUUUUCUACUUUAAUGACAAUAUCGAAGAUAGCACUCUGCACGCCAUUGCACAGAAGCUUCCCUCGUUGGAUCUGUUUGUGCUUUAUGAUUGUUAUGGAAUCAGUUUCCAGGGUGUGGCAAACCUACGCAAAGAGCUGCCCAAUUGCAACGUCUUGGAAUUGUAUCGGGGAGACGAGUUGCCCCCGGCCUUAACAGCAGAAGAACACAUCUACUACAGGAAUGCAGAGUAUCCCAACGGAGUGUUGAAGCAAGAGCUUCCCUUUCACUGGUACUAAAUGUUUCUUUUAUUUUUAUUUUUGUGCAUUUGUAUUUGUAUUGUUUUAUGUUUUUAUCUGACUAUUUGAGGAUUUAUACCAUACAUAUUACAAUAAACGAUGGUGUCAAAAGGUU